CGAUCAGUGGUUUAGUGAUAUAUUUUUAAGUAAAGUGUCAAGGUGUAAAGCUGACUAGCUUAACCGCACAGUUUGCGGUUGAUCAUAUUUAGAUCAAUCAACAGAUGAUUGGUUUUUUUUUCAAGUGUGACUAUUGGAAAAUGUUACAACAUUAAGUUGACAAUUGAAAUUGAGUUCAAGUGACCAGAAAACAAUGUCGCAGCAACGAUUUACCGUCCAUGCAACGAUUCCGAUCGAGGGUGGCCAAGAACCUACCCUAGCCUGGGAUCCUCCGAUGGGUCUUCCAGGUGGCGGAGGUGCAACCUACCGGAAACAUGACCCAGAGAGCGGUCACCAUAACUCGGUGCGGUUCAGCAGCUAUGUUAGCGAAAAUGAAAGUGUGACGACCGAUAAUAGUGAUCACAGGCGUCCCAGCAUCAUGCAAAUUGUGAAGGAAGCCUUUCCGCGGCUGGAUGCUUACCGAUCAUCGACUAAGAAAAACAAACGUCCCUCGAUGGGCAUUUUGCACGGGGAAAGGGCCGAAGAGAAACAGGAACAACAAGAUGAAGACACUUGCGCGACUGCCGCUGGCGGUGGCGGCCACGCCAUCCGGCUCGGUUGGAUCCAGGGUGUCAUGACACCUUGUCUACUGAACAUCUGGGGAGUGAUGCUAUUCCUCCGGUUGGCCUGGGUCGUUGCCGAAGCCGGUAUUAUCCAGGCCCUCAUCAUCAUGGCGCUCUCGUAUGUGGUCUGUGUUAUCACUACGCUGUCGCUAUCGGCGUUAUGUACCAAUGGACAGGUCAAGAGUGGAGGAGUUUAUUAUAUCAUAUCUAGGUCUUUAGGGCCUGAGUUUGGAGCUUCCGUUGGAGUGGUGUUUGCGUUUGCCAAUUGCGUGAAUGCCUCCAUGAACACGAUCGGAUUUUGCGACUCGCUGAAUCAGCUGCUGGCUAGCUACGGAGUGAAGAUCAUCGAUGGAGCUGUGAAUGAUACCAGGAUCGUUGGUACGAUAGCACUGAUCAUUAUGGUAUUCAUUUGUGCCGUCGGAAUGGACUGGGAAGUGAAGGCCCAGAACUUUUUGUUGGUAGCCAUUCUGUUGGCCAUUGCCAGUUUUAUCGUUGGAGCUAUCGUUGGACCCAGUGAUGCGGUGGAAAAGAGCCAAGGCUUUUUGGGAAUUUCCUGGGCUGUGUUCGAGUCAAAUCUGGAGCCAAAGUAUCGGUUCAGCGAGGGACUUCAACAGAACUUCUUCAGUGUGUUUUCGAUAUUCUUCCCAAGCGUAACGGGGAUUCAAAGUGGAGCCAAUAUCUGCGGUGAUCUGAAGGAUCCUGCAACUGCCAUUCCCAAGGGAACUCUGUUGGCCUGUCUGAUCUCGGCCAUUUCGUAUAUUGUGUUUGGAUUGAUGGCAGGAGCUUCCUCAGUUCGAGAUGCUUCCGGUAGCCUGACUGAUCUCGUUGGUACCAAUUUCACGUCCUGCAGUACGGAACUUAAUAACUGCCGCUACGGAUUGAACAAUGAUUACUCCAUAAUGCAACUGAUGGCCAUCUCCAGUGCGUUGAUCUAUCUAGGAUGCUGGGCAGCUACUCUCAGUACUGCUAUGACCAAUCUGCUCUCGGUACCACGUCUGAUCCAAGCUCUAGGAAUCGAUCAGAUCUACCCCGGAUUGAUUUUCUUCUCGAAAGGUUACGGAAAACAUGGGGAACCUUACCGUGGCUACGUUCUAGUAUUCCUAGUUUCAUUCGUGUUCAUCAUGAUCGCCGACCUCAACAUAGUUGCUCCCCUGAUCUCGAACUUCUUCUUAGCUUCCUACGCGCUUAUCAACUUCUGCACGUUCCACGCGUCUAUUGUGAAACCUCUCGGUUGGAGACCAACAUUCAAAUAUCACAACCCUUGGCUAAGCAUUGCUGGAUCGAUCCUCUGUGUCACCUUCAUGUUCCUGAUCGACGUUACUUCUACCUUCAUCUCCAUCAUUAUUAUCUUCUUCCUAUACCUCCUAGUUGUUUACCGCAAACCAAACGUCAACUGGGGCUCAUCGAUGCAAGCAGCCGCCUACAAAACUGCUCUCAGCUCCGCACUAAACCUGGAAGAGAUCAGUGAUCACGUCAAAAACUACAACCCGCAGCUCCUCGUUUUAUCCGGAAAUCCUCUUCAUCGUCCAGCCCUCCUUAAUUUUGCUAACCUAAUCACCAAAAAUAACUCACUGAUGGUGGUGGGUCACAUAUUCGAGCAGAAGCUUUCCUAUAAACAGCGCAAGGCGAUGAUCAACGAUGCCAAGCUAGCAUUGGAGAACGCCCGAAUCAAGUGUUUCUACACCAUUAUGGAUGGGCUGCCGUACAAUGAGGCCGCUAGGGCGAUGUUCCAGUCCUGUGGUUUUGGAAAAAUGAUGCCCAACAUUGUGCUGCUCGGGUACAAGAACAACUGGAAGAGCUGCCGGGAGCAGGAUCUCAAUACCUAUUGCGAAAUUUUGCACAAUGCGUUUGAAAAUCGACUGGCAGUUGCCAUUUUACGACUACAGAACGGAUUGGACUGCUCGGCUCAAGGUAAUUCGAAUCCGGCCUUUGAAACAACGGAAUCGAACGCCUCCAGUAUCGUUGCUCAAGGUACUUCUAUAAUGAAACAACCAACAAUUUUACUAAGAAGUAUCAUUGUAGAUAAACAAAACCCCUCGACGCUGGUUUCGGUGAAGGAGCUGGCCAUGUUCCGGGAUAAGCAACCGGCUGGGUACAUUGACGUUUGGUGGCUGUACGACGAUGGCGGAUUGACGAUUCUGCUGCCCUACAUAAUUGCCAACCGGAAGAAGUGGGCCGAUUGUCAGAUUCGCGUUUUUGCGUUGGCAAGUCAGAAGACGGAUAUUGAGGAGGAACGAGAGAACAUGACUCUUCUGCUGAACAAGCUUCGAAUCAAGUUCGUGUCACUGGAGAUGGUUAGCAUCAAUGAUAAACCUAGCGAAGCGACUCUAAACACCUACCGGUUCUUGAUAAAUAUGAUCCUGGCGGAUCAGGAAGCUGGCCUAAUCAAAAGUGAAACGGCAGCCAAUGAUUUGAUUGAAAAAACGCAUCAGCAUUUGCGGCUGCGCGAGCUGCUGGUUCAACAUUCCAAGAAUGCGUCUUUAAUCGUUGUUUCUAUGCCCGUCCCACGGAAGAGUGUGGUAUCCUCGACGCUUUAUCUAUCCUGGCUGGACAUGUUAACGACCAAUUUGCCACCCUUCCUAUUGGUUCGAGGAAAUCAAUCAUCAGUUCUCACUUUCUAUUCAUAAGUUUAAAAAAAUAGCUACGUAGUUAAUUAAUCUUGUUUUCCUAAAAAUCAGUCAUAUUGUAUUUAU